AUGGAAGAUAAGAACCAGACAGUAGUGACUGAAUUUCUCUUAUUGGGCCUCACAGAUCAUUCCUAUCAGAAGAUUGUUUUCUUCUUCAUGUUUCUCUUUGUUUAUCUUAUCACCCUGGGAGGUAACUUGGGGAUGAUCACUCUCAUAUGGAUUGAUCCCAGACUCCACACUCCUAUGUACUUUUUUCUUAGGCACUUGUCCUUUGUAGAUAUUUGUUCCUCUUCUUCUGUUGCCCCUAAGAUGCUGUGUAAUAUCUUUGCAGAGAAAAAAGGCAUCACUUUUCUGGGUUGUGCUGCACAGAUGUGGUUCUUUGGUCUCUUUGAGGCAACUGAGUGUUUUCUCCUGGCUGCCAUGGCAUAUGACCGGUAUGUGGCCAUGUGCAAGCCCUUGUUGUAUACGGUCAUUAUGUCUCAGCAGGUCUGUAUGCAGCUGGUGGUAGGGCCUUAUGCCAUGGCUCUUAUAAGCACCACGACUCAUACAAUUUUCACUUUUUGCUUACCCUUUUGUGGUUCAAAUAUUAUCAAUCACUUUUUCUGUGAUAUUUUUCCACUGCUUUCCCUAGUAUGUGCAGACACCUGGGUGAAUAAAUUUGUGCUGUUUGUCUUGGCUGGAGCUAUAGGAGUACUCAGUGGUCUGAUCAUCAUGGUCUCCUAUAUUUGCAUCCUGAUGACCGUCUUGAAGAUCCAGACUGCUGAUGGGAAGCAAAAAGCUUUCUCCACCUGUUUUUCUCACCUUGCAGCUGUCUCCAUCCUGUAUGGGACUGUUUUCUUGAUUUAUGUUCGGCCAAGUUCAAGUUCCUCCCUAGGUAUCAAUAAAGUGAUUUCUCUAUUUUACACUGUGGUAAUCCCCAUGGUUAACCCCCUUAUUUACAGCUUGAGGAAUAAGGAGGUGAAAGAUGCAUUCAGAAGAAAAUUUGAAAGGAAAAAAUUUAUUAUAGGUAGGUAA